AUGGAACCUGAUAAGGAGGCUGCCGCCAAUCAUGUGGAGGUUUUGAACGAGCCGCCAGUGGUGACUCAGGAAAAGUCCACUACGUCGCAGCAAAGGCUGGCCUUCAUUGCGGAGAAGGAGAUGACCCUCCUUGUUGGUCUCAAGAAAUACCCCUGGUCCGUGUUCUGGUCCGUCAUAGUCUCCAUGAUAAUCGUCAUGGAGGGUUACGACAUUGUCUUGCUGGGCGGACUCCUCCCCCAGCCCGCCUUCAGGAAGCACUACGGGAGCUAUAGCGAUGCCCAUGGCUGGCAAAUUUCCGGGCCCUGGCAGGCCGGCCUGAACAACGCUACCACCUGCGGUACCAUCUUUGGCGCCCUGGCAAACGGAUACCUUACUCAGCGGUUUGGUUAUCGUCGUACUGUGCUUGGGGCGCUCCUUUUCAUCAACGCCACCAUCGCGAUGCAAGUCUUUGCGACCUCGCUAGGCAUGCUCGCUGCUGCCAACUUCCUCUGCGGUUUGCCUUGGGGACUAUUCUCGGUCAUGGCUCCAGCUUACGCGUCUGAAGUCACACCAAACGUUCUUCGCGGUUAUCUAGCCAACUUUGUGUGUUUCUGCUGGGCGGCCGGAAUGUUGAUCUCUUCGGGCGUCCAAACAGCGUUUUCCAAGCGCCAGGACCAGUGGGCAUAUCGAAUACCGUAUGCAAUCCAAUGGGCAUGGCCAGUACCGCUGAUGUGCCUCCUUUGGUUUGCGCCAGAGUCACCCUGGAUCCUGGUCCGCAGGAAGAACUAUGCCGAGGCAGGGCGGAUGAUUGAGCGACUCUCGUCGAAGAAUGAGAUGGUCGACAAGGACGCCGUCGUUUCCAUGAUGAAACACACUAUUGAGACAGAGCAAGAACUUGAGGCCGGCACUUCCUACUGGGAUUGCUUCAAAGGUGCUAAUUUGAGGCGGACCGAGAUUUCCUGCGUGGCCUUCAUGUGCCAGCAACUUGAUGGCACAGCUAUUACAGGCAACGCUGUUUACUUCUUCACGCAGGCAGGUGUCGGGACCGAGACUGCGUAUAACCUCUCUGUGGUGUCCCUCGCCCUGUCUUGUGUUGGAGUGGUUGUGUCCUGGUAUCUGAUCUAUCGGUUUGGCCGUCGAACUCUAUAUCUCUUCGAGCUAUGGACUUCACUCAUUGGCCUUCUCGCAGUAGCUACCGCGGCGACGAUAUCUGAUUCACAGAAGAGUAGCUAUGCGCAAGCCGGUAUCGUCAUAUGUUCCGUUCUCAUCCGGUUCGCUACCACAGGCCCUGUAUGUUAUGCGAUCCUCGCCGAGAUAUCCUCCGUCAGCCUCAGGAGCAAGACCAUAUCAAUUGCGCGAGUGGCCUAUUAUAUCUCACAAAUUGUUUGCAACACCUUGCAAACAUAUCUCAUCAACCCGACUGAACUGAAUCUCAAGGGAAAAUCAGGCUGGGUUUGGAGCGGUAGCUGCAUUCUCCUCAUCGUGUGGGCGUAUUUCCGUCUUCCAGAGACAAAGGAUCGUCUCUUUGAAGAGAUUGAUUUGUUGUUCGCAAACAGAGUCCCUGCUCGGAAAUUCAAAGUGACAAAUGUCGACCUCUUCGAUUCCACCGGCACCAAGGAAGAUGAAAAGGCAUGA